UUUUAGGCGAUAUGAACCAAUCUUCCUCGCAUACAAUACGCUACAAGUCUAUGCAUAUAAACAUAAAACAGUAUUCAGUGUUGUUUUUAUGUUACUAUCAUCUCACAAAUAUGAGGGUUAGUGGGCAAGUGUUACAACUACCGAGGCUGCAGUGUAGGCUAGGCAUAAGGUUAGAACUGAACCUGUUCUCUGGUGUGCAUAGGUUAGUCUAUAUUCGUUUCAGGCUUAGCUGAUUUCUGUCGACCCAAAUACAUAUUUUAUACAGAGAUUUUAUAUUAACAUUUCUUUCCAAUAGCGGGUUAAUUCAAGCUGUUGACGAUAUCUCCAGCAGAGGCGCUGGGAGCAGCCAAGGCUUGAGCCUAUUUUUGCUGCCCUAUCUUUUUGAGCGUGCAGCUGACCAGCCCGAGUUUCUGCGUGCGUUCCGUACUGUCAGUCUAUAGGAAGUUGUCUAGGUGUAGACUUUGUACUACACACGCGUCGGCCUCUAUUUUCCAUAAUUUCGCCAACCGGUGUGUCUUAUGUGUGGUUUCUGUUGGUCACUUAUGUGUGAAACGGAGCCCUAGCUCUGUGACGUCAGUGGCUGUAAAGCUAAUUGAAAUUCAGUAGUGUAGCAUAUAUGUGUCGCGCACUGUCGUGCGGCUGAAAUGAAUGAAACAAUGAACGUCUUAACCACCUGCAUACUGGUCGCCGCGGUAUCAUUCUGGCUCAGCUCUGAUGUCCUGACCGUCCUGCGUGACUGCAUUACAGAAACGUUCAGUAGCACUACCAUGCCGGAGCCAGGGACACCGCGCCGGAGUCCGCAAGGUACCCCCUACGACGACCUGCCGCACAUAGUCAACGCUGACGGACAACAUUUAUUCUGUCGCUACUGGGAGCCGGAUGUAUCGCCAAGGGCGCUGGUGUUUGUGGCCCACGGCGCCGGAGAGCACUGCGGCGCAUACAACGACUUGGCCCAACCUCUCACCAGACACUCGCUGCUGCUGUUCGCCCAUGACCACGUGGGUCAUGGGCAGAGUGAGGGAGAGCGGUUGAAUAUUAAAGACUUUCAGAUUUUCAUCAGAGACUCUCUGCAACACAUCAGCAUCAUGAGAGAACGGCAUCCCAACCUGCCCCUCUUCAUCAUAGGCCACUCUAUGGGCGGUGCUAUCUCUAUUCUCACCGCAUGUGAGGGGCCACAGGACUUGGCUGGAGUUGCCCUCAUUGCCCCUAUGGUGCAGAUGAACCCAGAGUCAGCUACACCUUUUAAGGUGUUUUUGGCUAAGAUGCUGAAUCACAUGAUGCCCAGACUCUCCUUAGGCACCAUUCAAUCCAAAUGGGUCUCCAGAGACCCCAAACAGGUGGAGGCCUAUGAUGCUGAUGAGCUGAAUUACCAUGGUGGGAUGCGAGUCUCCUUUGGUAUGCAGCUUAUAGAGGCAUCCAAUCACAUUAAGCGCCUCAUUCCUGACAUCACUUGGCCAUUCCUUCUUCUCCAUGGCGAUGCUGAUAAGUUGUGUGACAUCGGGGGAUCCCAGCUAAUGUAUGACCAGGCCAAGAGCUCUGACAAGACACUAAAGAUAUAUGACGGAGCAUACCAUGCUCUCCACCAUGAUCUCCCUGACACUGCUGAGGCGACACUCAAGGAGCUGACCGGCUGGAUUCUGGAGCGUCUGCCUGCUCCCUCAGUCUAGUAAAUGCUGCUCUGCACACCCUGCAGCACUACUUAGUGGUCCAACAUUUUUUUCUGUGUCUGUCCUACACACACACCCACACACACACUUACUCAAAUACAUACGCUCACUUUUCCAUUGACCUCAGUGAAGGUCAGCAGGUCAUUCAGAACACAUGUGAGUAUGACCUUUGGCCAAAUGUAUACGCGAGGGGCUAUAUGUUUGUCUCAGCAUUAGGGAGGGAUUUGAGUGUGUGUGUGUGUGUGCAUAUGUGUGUGUGUGUGUAUAUGUAUCUCAGAUGUGCUUCAAAGACCACUGCCCAGCAGGCCAUGUCUGACAUGUUACCGUGGUAAUUAGUGAGGCGACCAUAAAGAGCUGAGUCCCCUGGAACAGCGCUCCCCAUUGUAUGUUGCCGCAGUUACAGCUGCUUUUGUCUGAGGUGGUUCUCUGUAGUGCUGCUGCCCCCAGAGUCCAGAGGCAGUACUGCAUGCAACCCAUUCAGUUUCCACAGUAACUACAAUAUGAAGAAAGAGAAUGGGCUAUCUUACCUGACACAAAGAGAUAGACCAGCAGUUGCUUGGUUUGUAGGCUUUAUACAUGCAGUAAACCCCCAUGCACUUACAAAAACAUAUGAAGACAAAUACUCAUGUACUAGCACCAUAGGAUCACUCACACAUUAAGCAUACACACAAAUGAUUAUACAAUCAACAGUUAUACAGUUAACUUUUCACAUAAAUACGCACAGAAUUCAGCAGAGAGGAUUUCCACUGGCCAUUUCGUGUCAGUGAAGAGUGGAGUGAUGUGUUAAAACAUGACUGUUUUGCUCAGUAAUGACUGACUCUGACACAUGACUGUUCCCAAGACUGUGAACUGUUCUAUUCUCACCACCAGCUGAGGGGUACAGACGAUAGUGGUUUCAGUCUUCUUUUUAACUGCCUGAAAUGUGAAUGGCCACAAAAUCAGUAUCAUAUGACAGCAAUAGACUUACACCUUACGAUCAGGGGUAAAAUGGCCCGGGGAAGGGCUUUGAAAUUCAGGAAUCAGAUGACUCUGGAAGGGUCAUUCUACACCAGCUUAAAAACAACAACACGCACACAGCCCAGACAGGCACACUCACACAUACAGAAAGACUCAUGUGAAAAGGGGUAAUUUACUCCUCACAGUCUAAAGGAUGUGUGAUGGCUUUUAUACUCCUGUGGUAUUUUAAUUUCCAAUGACUGGCAAAAAAGAUUCCUUGAAAUGCCAGUUGUUACAUUUUUUUCCUUGACUUUGGCAUUUAAAUACUGUUGUGUGGUGAUACAUUUUCUGUAUGGCAUGGUAAAAUAAUCUUCAUUGUAGUAUAUAUUAAGAUUUUUGCACAAAAGAAAUGUAAAUACAGACUACUCAUGAAGAGACUAGGGGACAAAAUGCAUUAAUCACUGAGAACCAGUGUAAUGAAAAAGAGUUCUGUGAUGUUAAUAAUAGUAAUUAAAUAGUGCAUGUCUCUGUUCCCUCAGCCCUGUAUUCUCUUACUCCAAUCAUCUUUCCAUCACAUAUUUGUGGACCUUGGCUAACAUCUCAAAAUUUAGACCUGUGACUGCUAAACUCAUGUCACUCAACCCUUUGUUUUUUUAACAGCUUAUUGAGAGGGUCCUGAGGAUGACUGUUAGGGUUGUAAGAUAACUAAUGGCCGGACAUUCUUGAGAGACAGAAUAGCAACUGCUAUGGAUGUUAUCCCUCUUUUUAUUUUGGGUUUCAAUUGUUCCAUUGUACACGUGACUUAACAGCAGUGAAGUCUCAUCUCCUACUUCUCAAUCCAUAGUGCACUUUAUCUUUAAAGGCAGGUUGAUUGUACACAUCACCACUAAAGUAUGUUCAUGCCUUACUAUACUGCGAUUACCUUGUCAGCCUUGUCUUACUAAUCAUAGAAAGUAAUCUUUUGUACACUGAAUCAUCUAUUUUAAGAGACAAUAAGUAGUAUGUGUGUCUCUGUAUGUGUGUUCAUGUGUGUGAUUUAAUAGAGGUCAGGAUUGUUGUAUUUUGAUCACAUUUGGUUUAGGGGACACAGGGUUGUUUCCAAAAUUAUGCUGAGGGAAUUAAGAGCUUAGGGAGUAUUGAGCUCUGUUAAAAUGGGGUAGAUGGAGCCUGAACUGAACUACUAGCCUUAGCCCAUGCAGCUAGCAGAUUCUGACACAGUUAAAAACAUAACGGCCAGUGGGAAUUGCCUUGUCAAUACCAGUGUGUUGUAACACAGACAUAGCUGCUGCAAUGUGAAUUGUUGCAUUUGCUCAACUUACAACAGAAUUGCAGUGUGUUUAAGUUUUGCACUCAAAGUGGGGCCACGGCUGACUCGCUGCAUGUGUGUUCUGUACUAAGUAUUGCACAGAGAACACUGUAUGGUUUGCUAUGGGACUGUAUGGGCACUGUGUUAAACCAGCUGAAUGUGUUUAUUAUUGUACUUACACGUAUUAGUCUUCACAGUCAAUGGUUAUUUUUCAUUAUUUUAUUUUAUUUAUUUUUUAAUCAGGGACAAGACAGUAUCAUUUUUAAGGAGAUUUCUUAGAGGUAUCAUGGAGUCAUAAACACCAGUCCUCUCUCACGGUCUUUCUGUCCAGAAAGAGUCAUUCAAAUGUUAGUUAUACACAGGAAAAUAUGUUAAGUUCCUUGUGCUGUAACAAAUAUAAAGGUCAGAUAAACUUGAUGUUAAUGGUGAUGUCUUAAAUGAUGGUGUGGACAAAAUCCAUAACAUUUGCAUUAAGACAGUCCGAUAUGGCUGACUACUUUUAAUUGUUCAAUAGUUUGCAACUAAUGCAUUAAAAACUUUAUUUUCCCCAGAUAACAGCAGGUUUUUAUUAUUAUAUUUUAAUACAAAUUUUGGACACAAGAUGCAGAACUCUGUGUCUGUCUUUAUAAUCAUUAUAUUAUAACUUCAUUUUAUUGUGAUCCCAAAUGGCCCUCUGUUCUUUCAAAGAUGGGAGGAAUUCCUUUACCUCUUACCACUUCCUACAAAUGAUUCUGGAGUGAAGCAGUGCUAGCAAGGUACAAUCAGUUGAUAUCAGAAACACACGUAGUUUUAUAUUACUGACAAUAGGCCUAUUAAAGGCAUGUGAUCAUACAUGCAUGUAUAUGCAAUGUAACAUUUCCAAAAUUGAAUAAAUGAAUUAUACAAUUGUACAGUAUUGUGCAUCUGAUGAAAUGUAAACCUGCUAGACACAUGUUUAUAAUAAAUCAUGACUGUUAACCCA